AUGAGCACGAGGUAUUGCAACGGACGUGAUACGCGCAGUCAACAGCGUAGUUCAAGUUAUAACAAUAUCAAUGGUCGACAAUCCAGAUCGAUUCAGCGAUUGCCUUCUCGACAUGAAGAUAGCAGUGAUCCCGAUGCUAAUCUUUCUUCAUUCUACAGAGAUCGAUUUGGUAGUCACUCGCCAGAAGAAUAUAUGAACCUUCGUUUUUCUCACUUCGAUAACAAAAUUACCAAAGAUGAAAUAAAAGAUAUAUUGGAGCGUGAAUUCCGUCGAUAUGCUCCAUUUGAGAUAAAAAUAGUACGAAAUCCUGGAGAUGAGCAACGCCUUGCAUACGUGAAUUUUGAACGACCAGAAGCGGCGCGCACAAUUCGGCAUACUAUGUUAUCUCGAUUACAGAAAUUGCUUGGAAAGCGACUCCAUCUGGACCCUGCAGGUAUCAUUCGAGAUCAGGAAGGAAAAUAUAUUCCUGACCGAUAUAAUCGUGCACUUCAAGCAGAACGAGAACGUGAGCGUAAAGAUCCCUUAAGGAGAAAAUCUCCAACUAGACGUCGUGAGGAAAAUGGUACGUGGAAUCUUAAGGAAGAUGACAAUGAUGCAACAAGGACACUUUUCGUAGGGAAUAUGCCUGCAGAUAUACGGGAGUCUGAAAUUCGUCGUGUAUUCGAGAAAUAUGGGAAUGUUGAAGACGUUGAUAUCAAAACUCCUCCAGAAACUAAUGCAGCUUAUGCUUUUGUACUUUUCCAGACUUUGGAACAGUCAAUGAACGCAAAGGCCAAUGAGCAUGAUCGUCCAAUAAGACCGGGCACAAGUCGCUGCAAAAUCGGCUAUGGAAAAUCACAACCAUCUAAUCGUUUGUGGAUAGGCGGUCUUGGACCAUGGGCUUCGGCAGAAUAUUUAGCAAAGGAGUUUGAUCGUUAUGGACUUAUUGAUCGCCUAGAUUAUCGUGAGGGGUCUGAUUUUGCUUAUAUCCGUUUUACGGAUCAAAAUGCAGCAAUGGAUGCUUGCCGUGCUAUGAAGGGCUUUCCUUUGGGUGGAAGAGAUCGGUGCAUUAUCGUUGAUUUUGCGAAAGAUGAUCUCAAGGAUGAUCGUAAAAAAAGGCAGACAGUUUCCCCUCCUGCAAAAAAACGUAGUAAAGGCCCACAUACACCACCUGAAAAUCCUGAAAGUGUAGCAUCUGACGGUGAAAUUGAUAACAUUGAUGAACUACAGCGGAAAAUUGCACCAACUUGGCAGGGUUUCAUCAUAUUGAAGAAGACUGAAUACGCAAUUCGCCUGCAUCGUAUCUCAGGAACGGAACACUUGCUCCAAAAGCUACUUCGUGAUCCUGUAGAUGGUAGUGCGUUGAAACUGCAUAUUACUCAGCGACUGCCUUUAGUCAGUCAAGAAGCACUCGAAGAACGAUUAAUUCAUUCGUCAAGCAACCAUCUUAGUUUAAUGAUAGCUGUAGCAUGUGAUAGGAGUAUUCGGACACUUAUCAAUUAUCUUUCUGAUAAAAGUGCUGCUGGCGUUGUCACUAUACCCAGCGGUGUAUUGUAUGUUUUUGCUGCUAGUAGUACGGCUGAUCGAUUAAUUCAGACUUGCGCUCGCAAGAUCACUUUAUUGAGACCUGAAAGUGACCAUCUAUUAUUUGCUUUGGCUCUAAAGGCCUCACCUGAAACUCUCAAUGGGGGUUGUUAA